UUGUGGAGGAUUGUAAGGGAGUGAGAGAAAGAAGUUGAAAAGCUGAUUAGCUGCUUUAUGGUAAAACCCAGAGAAAGUGAGCUCUUACCGGAAUGUGGUUUUAUCCCUCCAGGAAUUCUAUUUAGCCCGCCAGGAAUUAACUUUGACUAUAAAUAGGCCAUCAAUGACCUUUUCAGAGAAUGUUCGGAGACCUCAACUUUGUUUAGAGACCUUGUGUGGGUGGAACUUCCUGUUUGCACAGAGAGCAGCAUAAAGCCCAGUUGCUUUGGGGAGAGUUUGGGACCAGAUCAUUUGUAGGGAGUUAGGGUACAACACAGUCUGGUCUCCUCUGAUUCCUUCUCCCUGAAGCAUGGGGAAAAACAAACUUCUUCAUCCAAGUCUUGUUCUUCUUCUCCUGGUCCUCCUGCCCACAGAUGCAUCUGUCUCUGGAAAACCGCAGUAUAUGGUGCUGGUCCCCUCCCUGAUCCACACUGGGACCCCUGAAAAAGGCUGUGUCCUUCUGAGCUACCUGAAUGAGACAGUGACUGUAAGUGCUUCUUUGGAGUCUCUCAUGGAAAACAGGAGCCUCUUCACUGACCUGGUGGCAGAGAAGGAUUUAUUCCACUGCGUCUCCUUCACUGUUCCAAGGUCUCCAUCCAAUAAGGAGGUCAUGUUCCUCACUGUCAGAGUGAAAGGAUCAACCCAAGAAUUUAUGAAGCGGACCACAGUGCUAAUUAAAAAUGAAGAGAGUCUGGUCUUUGUCCAGACGGACAAAUCUAUCUACAAACCAGGGCAGGAAGUGAAAUUUCGUGUUGUCUCAUUGGAUGAAAAUUUUCACCCCCUGAAUGAAUUGAUUCCACUAGUGUACAUUCAGGACCCCAAAGGAAAUCGCAUCACACAAUGGCAGAGUCUUAAGUUAGAGAGUGGCCUCAAGCAGUUGUCUUUUCCCCUCUCGUCAGAGCCCUUUCAGGGCUCCUACAAGGUGGUGGUACAGAAGGAAUCGGGUAGAAGGACAGAGCACCCCUUCACCGUGGAGGAAUUUGUUCUUCCCAAGUUUGAAGUACAAGUAAGAGUGCCAAAGAUAAUCACCAUCUUGGAUAAAGAAAUGAAUGUAUCAGUGUGCGGCCUAUACACAUAUGGGAAGCCUGUCCCAGGACAUGUGACUGUGAGCGUUUGCAGAAAGUAUAGUAACCCUUCUAACUGCUUUGGUGAAGAGUCACAAGCUUUCUGUGAGAAAUUCAGUGAACAGCUAAAUAGCCUUGGCUGCUUCUCUCGGCAAGUAAAAACCACAGUCUUUCAGAUGAAAAUGCAAGCAUAUGAAAUGAAACUUCACGUGGAGGCCAACAUCCAAGAAGAAGGAACAGGAGUGGAAUUAACUGGAAUAGGGUCCAGUAAAAUCACAAGAACCAUAACCAAACUCUCAUUUGUGAAAGUAGAUUCAUACUUUAGAAAAGGAAUCCCCUUCUAUGGGCAGGUGCGCCUAGUAGAUGGGAAAGGCGUCCCAAUGCCAAAUAAAGCCGUCUUCAUCAGAGCAAAUGAAGCUAACUAUCGCCACGAUGCUACCACAGAUGAGCAUGGCAUUGUGCACUUCUCCAUCAAUACCACCAAUGUUAUGGGUACCUCUCUUAAUGUUAGGGUCAAACACAAGAAUUACAGUCCCUGUUAUGACUACCAGUGGGUGUCCGAAGAACACGAAGAGGCACAUCACACGGCUUAUCUUGUGUUCUCCCCAAGCAAGAGCUUUGUGCGCCUGGAGCUCAAGUUUCGUGAGCUUCCCUGUGGCCAAACUCAGGCAGUCCAGGUACAUUAUGUUCUGAAUGAACGGAUCCUGAAGGAGCUGAAGGAGCUGGUCUUCUAUUAUCUGAUAAUGGCUAAGGGAGGCAUUGUCCGAAGUGGGACCCAUGUCCUGUCUGUGGAGCAGGGGGACCUAAAAUACCACUUUUCCGUGUCAGUCCCUGUGGAGUCAGACAUCGCUCCUAUUGCUCGAUUGCUUAUCUUUGCCAUUUUACCAAAUGGGGACAUGAUUGGGGAUUCUGCAAAAUACGAGGUUGAAAAGUGUCUUACCAACAAGGUGGAUCUGAGCUUCAGCCCAGCCCAAAGUCUCCCAGCCUCACAAGCCCACCUGCGAGUCACAGCUUCCCCUCAGUCCCUCUGUGCCCUGCGGGCCGUGGACCAAAGCGUGCUGCUUGUGAAGCCUGACGCUGAGCUCUCCCCGUCCUCGGUUUAUAACUUGCUACCAGUAAAGGACCUCAGUGGCUUCCCUGAGGGUUUGAAUGCGCAGGAGGAGCUCCAUGGAGACUGUAUCAAUCGCCAUAAUGUCUAUAUUAAUGGAAUCACAUAUUCCCCAGUAUCAAAUACAAAUGAAAAAGAUAUGUCUGACUUUCUACAGGAUAUGGGCCUAAAGGUAUUCACCAACUCAAAGAUUUAUAAACCCAGAAUAUGUCCACAGCCACAAGCAUAUGAAAUUCAGGCACCCGAAGGUCUACGUGUAGCUUAUUUUGCAUCAGAUUCAUUGCAAAGAAACCAUGUACCACUAGCAUUAAAUCUUGAAGCUCUUCAUGCAGAGACUGUACGAAAGUACUUUCCCGAGACAUGGAUUUGGGAUUUGGUGGUGGUAGACUCAUCAGGUGCGGCUGAGGUAGGAGUCACAGUCCCCGACACCAUCACCGAGUGGAAGGCAGGGGCCCUCUGCCUGUCGGAAGACACUGGACUUGGCCUCUCUCCCACUGCCUCUCUCCGGGCCUUCCAGCCCUUCUUUGUGGAGCUCACAAUGCCCUACUCCGUGGUUCGCGGAGAGGCCUUCACGCUCAAGGCCACUGUUUUAAACUACCUUCCCAAAUGCAUCCGGGUCAGUGUGCAGCUGGAAGCCUCUCCCACAUUCCUAGCUGUUCCUGAGGAGAAGGAACAAGAGUCUCACUGCGUCUGUAGAGACGAGCGGCAAACUCUGUCCUGGGCAGUAACCCCGAAGUCAUUAGGAACUGUGAAUUUCACUGUGAGUGCAGAGGCACUAGAGUCUCAAGAGCUAUGUGGGACUGAGGUGCCUUCGGUUCCUGAAUAUGGAAAGAAAGACACAAUCAUCAAGCCCCUGUUGGUUGAACCUGAAGGACUAGAGAAGGAAGCCACAUUCAACUGCCUGCUUUGUCCAUCAGGUGCUGAGGUCUCUGAAGAAAUACUCCUAAAAUUGCCACCAAAUGUGGUCGAAAACUCUGCUCGAGCCACCAUGUCAGUUUUGGGAGACAUAUUAGGCUCUGCCAUGCAAAACACACAAAAUCUCCUCCAGAUGCCCUAUGGCUGUGGAGAACAGAAUAUGGUUCUCUUUGCACCUAACAUCUAUGUUCUGGAUUAUCUAAAUGAAACACAGCAGUUGACUCCAGAAGUCAAGUCCAAGGCCACUGGUUUCCUCAACACUGGUUACCAGAGACAGUUGAACUACAAACACUAUGAUGGCUCCUACAGCACCUUUGGGGAACAAUAUAGCAGUAAUCAGGGCAAUACCUGGCUCACAGCCUUUGUACUGAAGACUUUUGCCCAGGCUCGAACCUAUAUCUUCAUUGAUGAGGCAUACAUCACCCAAGCCCUCACGUGGCUCUCUCAGAAGCAGAAGGACAAUGGCUGUUUCAUGAGCUCUGGGUCACUUCUCAACAAUGCCAUGAAGGGAGGAGUAGAAGAUGAAGUGACCCUCUCCGCUUACAUCUCCAUCGCCCUUCUAGAGAUUCCCCUGCCAGUCACUCACCCUGUUGUCCGCAAUGCCCUGUUCUGCCUGGAAUCAGCCUGGAAGUCCACACAGGAAGGGGCCCAUGGCAGCCAUGUCUACACCAAGGCACUGCUGGCCUAUGCUUUUGCCCUGGCAGGUAACCAGGAGAAGAAGACAGAAGUACUGAAAUCACUUGAUGAGGAAGCUGUGAAGAAAGAUGACUCAGUCCAUUGGGAACGACCUCAGAAACCAAAAGAGACAGAGGAAUAUUUUUACCAACCCCAGGCUCCCUCUGCUGAGGUGGAGAUGACAGCCUACGUGCUCCUCGCUUACCUCACGCCCCAGCCAGCCCCAGCCUCAGAGGACCUGACUUCUGCAAUGCACAUUGUGAAGUGGAUCACAAAGCAACAGAAUUCCCAAGGUGGUUUCUCCUCCACCCAGGACACAGUGGUGGCUCUCCAUGCUUUGUCCAAAUAUGGAGCAGCCACGUUUACCAGGACCGGGAAGGCUGCACAAGUGACCGUCCAGUCUUCAGGAACAUUUUCCACAAAAUUCCAAGUGGACAACAACAACCGCCUGUUACUACAGCAGGUCUCAUUGCCAGAGCUGCCUGGGGAAUACAGUGCAAAAGUGACAGGGGAAGGAUGUGUCUACCUCCAGACAUCCUUGAAGUACAAUGUUCUCCCAGAAAAGGAAGAGUUCCCAUUUGCUUUAGAGGUACAGACUCUGCCCCACACUUGUGAUGGACCCAAAGCCUACACCGGCUUCCAGAUCUCCCUGAAUGUCAGUUAUACCGGGAGCCGUCCUGCCUCCAACAUGGCGAUUGCUGAUGUCAAGAUGGUCUCUGGCUUCAUUCCCCUGAAACCAACAGUGAAAAUGCUCGAAACAUUUGACCAUGUGAGUCGGACAGAAGUCAGCAACAACCAUGUAUUGAUUUACCUGGAUGAGGUAUCAAAUCAGACACUGAGCUUGUCCUUCAAAGUUCAGCAAGAUAUUCCAGUAAGGGAUCUGAAACCAGCUGUAGUGAAAGUCUACGAUUAUUAUGAGACAGAUGAGUUUGCAGUUGCUGAAUACAGUGCUCCUUGCAGCAAAGAUCAAGGAAAUGCUUAAAAACCAGGUAAAUAAAAACUGCUUUGCUGAAGUCACUGUUCUCAGGACUCCAAAGAAGACAAGUGUUUUUGUAUCUCCAAAGAUUUGAUGAAUAAACUUUUUUUGGUCAAUUUC